UGGCGGGUGAGAGCCAUGGCGGAGCCAGUCCCGCGACCCCGGAACCGGCUCUUACGAACGUAUGGGGCUGUGGGCGGCGGGGGGCCGCGGUGGCGGUCGGGCCGGGCCGGCGCGCAGUGGUUCGCGCCUCAAGACUCAAAGCGUUUCUUCAGCAGCACCAGCAGCAGCAACGCCAGCAGUGACGACCCCUCGCCGCCCGCCGCCUCCGACGACUCUGACGACCCCGACUUCUGCAGCGAGGUGGGUCCGCGGCGGAGGCGAGCUGGCGGGCGAACCUCCAAGGCCCGGCCGAGCCUGAUCAUGACUCCGAGACGCCUGAGGCUGCGAGCGCGGCCGCCGCGGAAGUGCAGCACGCCCUGCAGCCCACUCGGGCCGCCGCCCUUCCCCAGCAGCACCCCGGGCCGCCUCAGCCCGGACCUCAGCGUGUGCAGCCAGCCCAGCGACGGCGGCCAGCUGGGCACCAGUGCCUCCCUGUUUAGCUCCCCAGCCUCUCCCGGCCCCGGCCGCGGGUCCCCAGCGCCGGGAGACAGUGUCAUAGGUACCGGCCCCUCUACCUCUCUGGAUGCCACCUCUCCGGACCAAGCACCUCAUUCCUGCUCCCAGGAGGCAGCAACAGGAGGAGGCGGGUUCACCAGCUUGGCCCGCCACGCUCGUGCAAGCCUCACGUCAGCUCUCUUUAGCCUUACGGACUCGGGGGACCCUGAGGAUUCUGAGUUUGGGACAGGUGGGAAGGAUAUGAGGGAGUCCCGCUGUGCAAGGGAACUGAUGGGGAAGAGGCUGGAGAGCCCAGCUUUGUCAAGCAGGCGGAGGAAGAGGGCCACAGACAAGGACUCUUGUCAAGAGACUGGGGCUCAAGGGGCUGUUCCGACAGAAUAUGGGGAGGCCAGUGGUUGCAAGAGCUGCAAAGGACCCGGGAAAACCAACAGGCCUGAGAGAACUGGGCCAGGCCAGAAAAGGAAACAUCGGGAGGCAGUAGAAACCUCCCUCCUCCAUCACGACCAGUUUAAAAAGGGCCACAGGAUGGGCAAAGAUUCACUCCUUACCCAGGACCUGACUCCAUUACAGAAUGACUGCUCUUGGACCAAAGCCAGGGCUUCCUUCAGUUUCCAUAAGAAAAAGAUCGUGACCGCUGUGUCAGACGUGAGCAACAACGCCACUACCAGUUCUCCCUCGGGGUCCUUCAUGUCCGAAUAUUCAAACCCGCCUGUCCUGAACAAAACAACAAGCAGUGCCCCGUCCCCUUGGCACUCCUCUUCCAUGUAUUUGCUCACCCCCUUAAAGACACUGCAUGUCGCAGACCAAAAGGCAUCUGAUGCUGAAAAGGUUUAUAGGGAAUGCAACCAGGAGGGUCCUAUCCCCUUUAGCUCUUGCCUUUCCACGGAGGAACUGGAAAGCUGUGAGAAGAUUGGGGAAGGAGUGUUUGGAGAAGUGUUUCAAAUAAUUGCUAAUUGUACACCAGUAGCCCUAAAAAUCAUUGCUAUUGAAGGACCAGAUUUAGUCAAUGGAUCCCAUCAGAAAACUUUUGAGGAAAUCCUCCCAGAGAUCAUCAUCUCCAAAGAGUUGAGCCUCCUGUCUGAUGCUGCAUGCCACCGCACAGAAGGCUUUAUUGGGCUGAACUCAGUGCACUGUGUUCGUGGACCUUACCCUCCCUUGCUCCUCAAAGCCUGGGAUCACUAUAACUCAACCAGAGGGUCUGCAAAUGAUCGGCCUGACUUUUUCGACCAAGACCAGCUCUUCAUUGUGCUUGAAUUUGAAUUUGGAGGAAUUGACUUAGAGCAAAGGAGAAAGACGCUGUCCUCCAUAGCUACUGCAAAGAGCAUUCUGCACCAGCUCACCGCAUCCCUUGCCGUUGCAGAGGCAUCGCUGCACUUUGAGCACCGAGACUUACACUGGGGGAAUGUGCUGUUAAAGAAAACCAGCCUCAAGGAAGUCCACUACACCCUCAGCGGGAAGACAGGUACUAUCCCCACCUGUGGGCUGCAAGUCAACAUCAUUGACUACACCCUGUCACGCUUGGAGCGGGAUGGGGUCGUGGUUUUCUGUGACAUUUCCAUGGAUGAGGACCUUUUUACAGGUGAAGGUGACUACCAGUUUGAGAUCUACAGGCUAAUGAAGAAGGAGAACAACAACUGCUGGGGUGAAUAUCACCCUUACAGUAAUGUGCUCUGGCUACAUUACCUCACAGAUAAGAUUCUGAAGGAAAUGGUCUUCAAGAGGAAAUGUAACACCCCUGCCUUGAAGCAAAUAAAGAAAGACAUCAUACAUUUCCAUGGGACAAUGCUGAACUUCAGCUCUGCCACUGACCUGCUCUGCCAACACAGUCUAUUUAAGUAAGUCAAAGGUGCCUUACCGCCCCAAAGGGAGAGCGACCACUAGCCUUGAAAGCCCGCAGUGUUGUUUUCGAUCUCUAUCCCCAGGGGAGGGUGAAAUUCCUAUUCUAAUCAGCUUUUCAAACAAGAAUUUUGUUUCUGUCAGCAGAGUCUAUUCUGUAGGUUUCUCUCCAUUUUUUCAUUUUUGAGCCUUGACACUUUAUGUAGCCUAAGGGGGAAAAAAAAUUCAGGAAAGCCCAAGGUCUCAGCUGUCAUACUAAUCAGAGCCUAUAGGUAUUGGCAGGCUGGCUUUGGGAACCAUUCUACAGCUCAGGAGUCAACCAAGGGCAAAGAGGCUGUAGCAAAGCAGAGACCAAGACAGACAGAUUAGAGGGAGAGAGAAAGGGAAGAUGGUAAAACAGUUUAUAGGAGACAUGCAAGAAAUGCCAUAUAUUUAUCAAGCUCAUUUGCCAGUCACAGAGAAGUAGGAUUUAGCAAUUUUCAACAGGAAAAUAAAUGUCUCCAUGGCUACUAAAAAAGU